CCAAAUGCCUAUCCCAUUGGACAAUGCUUUCAGCAACAAAUUUAUCCUCUCCCUUACCGAGCUACCAUCUAUGGGGGCCUUUUUCCAUCCAAAUCAAUAAUAAUCUCCGGUUCUGUGUCCCCUUCUGCCCAGAGGUUCCACAUCAAUCUGAAAGCGGGGAACGAUACUGCUUUCCAUCUCAAUCCACGGUUUGAUGAGAACGUGAUUGUUCGAAACUCCAACCUCAACAUGCGCUGGGGUUCAGAAGAGCGACACCUGCCCUGUGGGAUGCCUCUGUUGCGUGGCCAACCCUUUACCAUCUGGAUUCAGUGUGAAGCACACUGCUUCAAGGUGGCUGUGAAUGGACAGCAUCAGUUUGAAUACAAUCAUCGCACACAUAAUCUACUCCAGAUAAAUCUGCUUGAAGUGGACGGAGACAUAAUGGUGACCAAUAUCCAGGCUUAAAGUCAUCAGUAGAGGCCCAUUUUUGGAUGGAUGUGCAAUUGAUGGAAAAUGUUGAGCUUUACUACCUAAAAUUUGAAUAAAUGCUCCUUUCAGAUCAUGUUUAAGAAACAUAUAAGUUCAGAUUUUUUCCCCUUCCAUUCUAAUUGCAUGAAUAAACUUGUUUUGUUCAUAUCUA